ACGAUAACUUUGCUCGUCUUUCACAGCUGUAGUAUUUCAGGCAAAUAUAUCACGAGUGUCAGGUGAGGAGAAACGUCUACAGAGCGCUUCUCUGUUUUAUUCAGUGACUGCUUCAAGUCUGCAUUGUUCUGUCCGAGGCGAUGAUUGCCACUGAUGGGAAUAAUCAGGAAUCUGGCCGCUAGUUUGAUUGUGUUUCGUCCGAGUUCAGUUAGAAACAGUCACGCGAUAAUCAUGUCCAGGCGACUUCAUGCGCGCAGAACAGACGGUGUGGAUAAAAACGUUUGGGUUGAAUUCACACAGCUAGCAGCAGACUACAAAGCAGUGAACCUCGGACAGGGAUUUCCUGACUUCUCCCCUCCUCAGUUUAUCCAGGAUGCUUUCUGUAAAGCCAUAAGUGGAGGACCAACGAUGCACCAGUAUACUCGAGCUUUUGGUCAUCCUCCUCUUGUAAAAAAUCUGGCUAAAUUCUUCAGUAGGAUUGUGGGACAUGACAUCGAUCCUCUUGAAGACAUCCUGGUGACAGUUGGAGCUUAUCAGGCUCUCUUCUCUGCAUUUCAGGCUCUGGUGGAUGAAGGGGAUGAGGUCAUAAUUGUUGAACCGUUCUUUGACUGCUACCAGCCGAUGGUGGUGAUGGCUGGAGGAAAGGCUGUGUACGUACCGCUGAGACCGAAAGGGGGCAGCACUGUCCUGUCAAGUGGCGACUGGGUUCUUUCUGCUGAGGAGCUGACCAGCAAAAUCAGUCCACGCACAAAGGCCAUUGUUAUCAACACUCCCAACAACCCACUGGGCAAGGUUUACAAGACUGAGGAGCUCCAAAUGAUCGCUGAUCUGUGUAUCAAACAUGAUCUGCUGUGCAUCAGUGAUGAAGUGUACGAGUGGCUCACCUAUGAUGGAGCCAAGCAUGUAAAGAUAGCCAGCCUUCCUGGUAUGUGGGAACGAACCGUCACUAUUGGCAGCGCUGGAAAGACUUUCAGUGCUACUGGCUGGAAGGUUGGCUGGGCCAUGGGCUCUGGGAAUUUAAUCAAACACAUGAAAACCAUCCAUCAGAACUCUGUUUACCACUGCGCAACGGCUGCUCAGGAGGCAGUAGCUCGUGGAUUCGAGAGGGAAUACGAACUGUUUGGGAAACCAGAGAGCUACUUCCAGCAGCUGCCUGCGAUGCUGCACCACAAAAGAGAGAAGCUGGCCUCGUGUCUGCAGAGUGUGGGUCUGCAGCCCAUCAUGCCAGAGGGAGGCUAUUUCAUGGUUACAGACAUCUCCUCUGUCAAGGUGGACUUAAAUGACCAGAGCAGCACAGAUGAAUCCCACGACUUCAGAUUUGUUAAAUGGCUAAUUAAAGAGAAGGGUUUGGCAACAAUCCCCGUCUCUGCUUUCUACAGUCCAGAGCACGGGAAGGAGUUUGACAAAUACAUCAGAUUCUGUUUUGUCAAGGAGGACUCCACGCUGGACGCAGCAGAGAACAUUUUGAGAAAGUGGAGUCAACAAAAGUAAAAUCUCCCAUUAUGUGAGCCAUUAACCGUCCGUCUGUAGUAGAUCAAGCUUCUUAAAGUGGCUUGGUCUGCUUCCUCCGUAAAAAUAUCCGUCAGUAUUCUGUGUUUUUGACAAAUGCAACAUCUACCUUGAGGAACCUCAUAAUAACUACAAAGGAAAUGUAUAGUUGAUUUUUUUUUGUUUGUUUGUUUUUAAUAAAUUAAAUUAUGCUUCUCUACUGUAUGUCACAUUUCAACUGCAGGGAUAUUUGUCCACAAUUAGACUGAGGAAAAGUUUAAUAAAGCUUUUACUAGUAUUG